GAAAUAUAUUUCUCAUAUUUCACUAAAAGUUUGCAUUAUUUUUGUGACUAUAAUCUCAAACUCUCAUGAAGUGAUUGGCGCACAAAAUGUGUCCAAAUAUGUGCACUCAAUGCCCGAGUUAUUGCUGACAAAAGCCGAGCCACUGAUACAACCGACCGGUAGAUGUCGACCCAAUCGGACGCAAGUGUUUGUAUUGUCGGCGGCCAAGACUUCCGGCAAAUACUACGACAGGAGGACCGCUACCAGAGACACCUGGGUGUCAGAGAUAAUCAAAGAUUAUUCUGCUGACAUAAGCGUCACAUUCGUGUUGGCCUACCAUCGAAACCCUGAGUCCAUUGAAAGCCAAGAGAUCCAGAAGCAGAUCACCGCUGAAUCCCAUAUAUACGACGAUAUCCUUCAGUUUGCUUUCGUCGACCAUUACUACAAUCUAACGCUAAAAACCCUAUCAAUACUGCAUUGGGUCUCAAAAAACUGUUUGUCCGCUAAAUAUGUCGUGAAAGCCGACGACGACCUCAUUGUCAACACCGGGAGACUGACGGAUAAAAUACGGAAAAAUGCGUUUAAGUCGGGUAUUACGGGCGAGAAACGAGUCAUGUCUAUAGUUCGUGAUACUACCAGUCCCUUCUACAUCCCAUAUGAUGUAUACCCUAGCGAUGAUCACUUUCCCAUAGCACCAGGUCCAUUUUAUGUCAUUACAAUGGAUAGCGUGGACGGGCUAUACCGGACAGCCAUUGAUAAUCAAACUGUACUUAAGUUGGAGGACGUAUACGUGACGGGAGUUAUAGCCCGUAAGGCAAAUGUCCCGGUUCAUGAUGACCCGGAUAUUAUUAUUGGCUACGAUUACAACUAUGGAAGUGGUGGAGGUGUCUGA